CCGCGCGGCCCCUGAGCUGGAGGGAUGGAGAACUCCUCCGCUGCGUCCGCCUCAUCCGAGGCUGGGAGCAGCCGCUCCCAGGAGAUCGAGGAGCUGGAGCGCUUCAUUGACAGCUACGUGCUCGAGUACCAGGUGCAGGGGCUGCUGGCCGACAAGACGGAGGGGGAUGGCGAGAGCGAGCAGACGCAGUCGCACAUCUCCCAGUGGACAACAGACUGCAGUGAGCAGCUGGACAGCAGCUGUUCCUUCUCCCGAGGCCGAGCUCCCCCACAGCAGAAUGGCAGCAAAGACAACUCUCUGGACAUGCUGGGCACAGAUAUCUGGGCAGCCAACACCUUUGAUUCCUUCAGUGGUGCCACCUGGGACCUGCAGCCCGAAAAGCUAGACUUCACCCAGUUCCACCGGAAGCUGAGACAUACGCCCAAGCAGCCCCUGCCGCAUAUCGACCGGGAAGGGUGUGGAAAAGGGAAGCUAGAAGACGGGGAUAGCAUCAACCUGAACGACAUCGAGAAGGUUCUCCCAGCCUGGCAGGGUUACCACCCGAUGCCCCACGAAGUGGAGAUCGCCCACACGAAGAAGUUGUUCCGACGGAGGAGAAAUGACCGGAGACGGCAGCAGAGACCCCCAGGAGGAAACAAGCCCCAGCAGCAUGGUGACCACCAGCCAGGCAGUGCCAAACACAACAGGGACCACCAGAAAUCCUACCAGGGGGGCUCGGCGCCCCACCCCUCAGGGAGGCCCACCCACCAUGGCUACAGCCAGAACCGACGCUGGCACCAUAACAACAUGAAGCACCCCCCGGGCGACAAGGGGGAGGCAGGCGCCCACCGCAAUGCCAAAGAGACCGUGACCAUGGAGAGUUCCAAACUGGAGGACGCCCUGGGGGACACCGGGCACAGCGGCCUCGAACCCCCCUGCAGCCCUGAUGCGCUUGCCCCAGUGGCUUCUGAGAGGCUGCCGCCACAGCAGCCAGGGGGUCGGGAGGCCGAGACAAAGCGUAGAGACAGUAUUAUUCCCGAGCGCGUCGGGGAGCGGCCCAAAAUUACCCUGCUCCAAUCUUCCAAAGACAGGCUGCGGCGAAGGCUGAAAGAAAAGGUACCGGACGAAGUGGCCGUGGAGACCACCAGCCCUCAGCAGAACAAGAUGGACAAGUUGAUUGAGAUCCUGAACAGCAUGCGGAACAACAGCAGCGACGUGGAUGCCAAGCUCAGCACCUUCAUGGAGGAGGCCCAGAACUCGACCAACUCCGAGGAGAUGCUGGGAGAGAUCGUCCGGACCAUAUACCAGAAGGCCGUGUCUGACCGCAGCUUCGCCUUCACGGCCGCCAAGCUCUGUGACAAGAUGGCCCUCUUCAUGGUGGAGGGGACCAAGUUCCGGAGCCUGCUUCUCAACAUGCUUCAGAAGGACUUCACCGUGCGGGAAGAGCUUCAGCAGCAGGACGUGGAGCGCUGGCUAGGCUUCAUCACCUUCCUGUGUGAGGUGUUCGGCACCAUGCGCAGCAGCACGGGCGAGCCCUUCCGCGUGCUCGUCUGCCCCAUCUACACCUGCCUCAGGGAGCUCUUGCAAUCUCAGGAUGUGAAGGAAGACGCCGUCCUGUGCUGCUCGAUGGAGCUGCAGAGCACAGGCCGGCUGCUGGAGGAGCAGCUGCCUGAGAUGAUGACCGAGCUCCUGGCCAGCGCCCGCGACAAGAUGCUCUGCCCCUCAGAGUCGAUGCUGACCCGGUCGCUGCUUCUGGAGGUCAUCGAGCUCCAUGCCAACAGCUGGAACCCUCUGACGCCCCCCAUCACGCAGUACUACAACAGAACCAUCCAGAAACUGACAGCCUGACAGCCAGGGGGCCUGGCGGGCGGCCCGCGGGCAGCUGGGGCCCUGGUACCCAGGGCCAGAUGGACAGGCGGGAGGACAGGGGUGGCCCUGGCGGGAGAAAGAAGUGGGGAGGGAAGCAGGCAGAGCCGGUGGCCAGGCUGGAGCCAGACAGGGAAGGAGGAGUGCCCCUCGUCCGAGCCCCCCCAGCCCCACGCAUGCGGCAGCUCACACCAAUAAGGGAAGCAUGUUUCUUUCUCAUGGUGGCCCCGGUCGCCCCUCCCCACUCCCACUCCUCCCCGCCCCCUCCCGCCAGCUGCGUCCCCCGCAGGGCUUUGUGCGAGGGGUUUCAUCUCCGUGACUCCUCUGAGGGCCUGGCAGCGCCGCACGCCAGGGUACCGCUUGGGUCAGAAAGGACCUCAGAAGGCUGAAAAAGUGGGUCGGAGACGGGCUUGCAUUGUUCCUGCUGUCAGCCGCCGUCGCCAACUGGCAGCAGGCGACGUAGAGCAGAUGUCCAGGAGGACAAAGGCAGGCACGGUCCCCACCGGCCGCCUGUAAUUGACGGCCUUUGUCCGGCACGGUCAGGCUGGGGGUCGGAGGCUUCUCCUCUAACCUUCGCGCUGCACCCUCCCCACUUCCAGGUCCUCCUCCGGGUAGCCCCCAAGCCUCAGGCCCAGGGGGUGGGGCGCAGGGAGGGGAGCAGGAGUGUGUGGGUCUACUCAUACUCUGGUGUUUUAUUGUUUUAUUUUCCAAAGUCAGCUGCUUUGAAGUCUCCUCUCUCAAUGAAAAGAGUCCGAGAUGUGAUCACACAGUCAGCACCACGAGGACCCCCCUGAUCAGUGGAAAGAUCAAACCCAGCCCCCUCUGGAAGGAUUCUAGCCACAGAUAGCUUGCCAGUAGCCAAUUAGGGUAAUUGGAAACUUCUGCCCCAGCGGGGGUCCCGCUGGAACCCUGUGCUCCGCUCAGCAGCCCUUGGCUUCCAGGACCUCUGUUCUCUUCUUCUAGCCGUGCUCUGUCAAAGGUCUGACAUUGUCGCAGGCGCCAGGAGUGCGUUAAACCCCGUCCUGGCUUGGGGGUGGUGUGGGGGGGUGCCUUGUGGUGAAUGGGGCACAGAAGGAGGGGGGCAAAUUAAAACCAAAACACUAGUUAUGUUGCCCAUGCUGCACACAGGUCUCGUCCUGGGCUUAGUGGAGGGAAAGUGGCUGUUGGGGACUGCCCGGCUCCCCCAGACUUGGACUGGAGCUUAGCGAAAUGGGCUGUUGUGGCUGGCCUAGCCUUAUCCCAGGCAGGAUCCAGAAGCCGAGGGCCCCUACAGCCAAGGCCUCUAUGCUCCAGGAGGGCUCUGGACACUGCAGCCGCUGGGCGGUGGGGAACAGGGCCUUCCCUGAGGCACGAGUAGAACAGGGAGGUGAGCAAGUGGGACCGCCGGACACAUCUUUCCAGGCUGGGAACAAGACUGGGGUUUCUUGGAAGGGCCAGGUCCUAGGGAGAGCCCCUUCUCUACUGGAGGAGGAUGUGGGUCAGGCUCUCGGAGGCUGGCUUUGGGGUCGUCACAGGCAUCUGCCCAGCCCCAGCUCUGGGGUCUGGAGCCCAGGCUUUGAUAAGACCCCGUAAAACACCACCCCAGAGCCCAGCAGCUUCUAGGCUACCUGGGUCCCUGGAGGGCCUUGGUUUCCUGGUCCACUCAGGCUGGUCAGGGGGUGAGGGCUGGAGAUUUUCCUUGGUGGACUUUGCUUCUGGGAGAGCGGGCAGGGUGAGGUAGGGAUGCGGAGCAGGUCCCCCAGUACUCCUUCGCCCCCACCCCCGAGCUGCAACCCAUCUUCCAGCCCCGGGAUGGGAGUCUAUGCUGGUCCCAAGGCAGAGUGUGUUGGGGACAUGUGUGGGGGACGCAGGUUUACCUGGAACUCGUCUGUAGCCUCUGCCCCAGCCUUCUUUGCCUCCUCUCCUCCUCAAGCUUCUCCUCACUGCCUUUCCUCCUCAGCGGGCACCUUCAGCCCAGCCGCCCCACGAGAGGCCCUGAGGGAAGAGCUAGCCUGAGGUUCCAGGGCUCAGAGAAGGCACCAGGGACCUCGUGCUCAGGAGGAGGCAGGCAGCCUCGGCCAGGCACGGAGCUGCUCCCAGGCAACCCUCAGAGAGCCACAUCUGGGCUGUAAUGGGCCUGGCUCCCCCCGUGUGUGAGUGCAAGGCAUGCAUGUAUUGUGUGUGUGUGCGUGUGUGUGUGUGCGCACGUGUGUGUGUGUGUGUGUGCGCGUGUGUGUGUGUGCACGCUCGCACAUCUGCUGAGAACAAAGCAGGGCCCCAGAGUAAGGGAAUGACCCAGGGGACCAGGGUCUCCUGCCCCUUCCAUGGAGCAGAAAGCGAGCACGCAGGGGCCGAUGUCCCCUGCGAAGCCCGGACCCGUGGCAUGGUGGGCACCGUGAGCCUCAUGCCCCUUCCUCCUAAUGGCCUCUGUGGUGGUCUUGCCUCAGGGCCACCCCUCCUUGACUGUUAGGACCAGAGUAUGAAGAAGUAAGAUAUAAAUAUGUAUGCAUAUAUAAAUAUAUUUUUAAUUACGUGUCGUGUCACGGUGGCUCCAGACAUACGGUCUGCCUAGUUUAUCCCGUUGCUUGAAAGCGCUUCCCGGCCAAUCCAAAUAACACCGUAGGCUGUUUUUCUAAAUGCAGGUUGCUGCUACUCUUUGGGACAUGGAAGGAAAACGUUUAAAAAAAAAAUUUUUUUUUUUUAAGGAAAUAACAGUAUAGCGCAAAAUCUGUGACUCUGAGGCUGCCUCCCAAGAGAGACUACUCAGACAGGACCCGGGGAGCAGUAGUGGGUGCCCCACAGAGCCCGAGCCCCUCCCCAGGCCAGACCCCCCGUCUGCUGAGUGAGGAAGGCCAUAUCCAAGUUGACCUCUGAAUGUAUUUGACGGGAGGCAAAACUGGAUAUUGCAUUUCUAGGGCUCGCGUUGUUCCCCCCACUCGCCCUGCGGCUUUCUUGGCGCAGUGAAGAGGCGAAGUCUGGCCAUCUGAUGUUGAUCCUGUCUCGGUCUGUCCCCCCCCCCCCCCCCGCCAGUCCAGACCAGAUCGUCCUUGCUUUCCUCUUAGGCGGCCAGCCUACUCACCACAGUCCUGCUCCCCUCAGCCUCGUGGCUUUGCCUGAGUGCUGGGACCACAGCCGCAAGAAGGCUCCUAACCUCCCCCGGGAGAAGGUGGGCAGCCCCGCCAUCGUCCGUGGGGAAUGUGCACCCCAAACCCAGUUUUGUCUGUGGGUCCUUCCUCAAUCAGUCUGUAAACCUUCGAGGUUUAGGGAUCGCCCUGUCCAUCUGUGUAAAUGUAAAUGUUGGCCGAGUUGGUAUUUAUUCUAAUUUUUAUUUUAUUUUAUUUUCUCUGAGGGAUGGGGGAGGGUGUGGGAAAUGUACCACUGAUCGCGCCCUGGGCAGCUGCAGGGGUGGGGACCCCGCCAGCCAGGCCGCCUCGAGAAGCAGCCCCAGGGGGCCGCCCCAGACGCCACGUUCCAGUGUCUUAUCUGGCAUCAGAACCCGGCCAGCGUUCCUCGUGCGACAGACUCUCAGGGCCUGCCCAUGGAGCCCUGUGCCUCAGCUGCUGGCACUCUGCGGGCACCUCUGCCCGGGCCUUUGAGGACGCAGAUCGCGAGGAAGACAACACUCCCGUGCUUGGGACACUGGCGUACAAGGGCUGCCCACCUCGCCUGAGCCAGCUGAGAGCCUGGCGACGGGACCUACCUCCCUGGAGAAGGGGCCUGGGGCUUCCCGCCAAAGCCGCAGCAGAAUGCUCCUCACACGACCACGUUCCCUCCCUCCUCUGUCCCGCUUUCCAGCUGAACCCAAACUACAAGUGGGUUUAAAAAAUAAAC